AUGAGUUUAUAUAAUUUUAAAAAGAUAGCUGUCGUCCCUACGGCAAAGGACUUCAUUGAUAUUAUACUUUCCAAAACACAAAGGAAAACACCAACAGUGGUACAUAAACAUUAUAAAAUAACUAGGAUUCGUGCAUUUUAUAUCCGUAAAGUGAAAUUUACGCAACAGAAUUUUCAUGAUAGGUUAUCAAGGAUUAUACAGGAAUUCCCUAAACUCGAUGAUGUGCAUCCAUUCUAUGCAGAUCUUAUGAAUGUAUUGUAUGACAAAGACCACUACAAGCUUGGUCUUGGUCAAUUGAACACAGCGAGACAUCUUAUUGAUAACGUAGCAAAAGAUUACGUCCGCCUUUUGAAGUUUGGCGAUUCUCUGUACCGAUGCAAGCAGUUGAAGAGAGCAGCCCUAGGUCGCAUGGCCACUAUCAUGAAGAGGCAGGGUGCUAAUUUAACAUAUCUUGAACAGGUCCGCCAACACUUAGCUCGUCUGCCGUCAAUAGAUCCUUACACUAGAACCAUUAUCAUCUGUGGUUUCCCAAAUGUCGGCAAGUCCAGUUUCAUUAAUAAGAUUACGCGUGCAGACGUAGAAGUGCAGCCUUAUGCCUUCACAACAAAGAGUUUAUAUGUUGGACAUACAGAUUACAAAUAUUUAAGGUGGCAGGUAAUAGAUACGCCCGGUAUUCUCGACCAUCCGUUGGAGGAGCGUAACGUGAUAGAAAUGCAAGCUGUCACCGCCUUGGCUCAUUUGAGAGCGGCUGUGUUGUACUUCAUAGACCCUUCGGAACAAUGUGGCCAUAGUAUUGAAGAUCAGAUAUCUCUCUUUGAGAGUAUAAAGCCUCUCUUCAGCAACAAACCGCUGAUAGUUGUUUUGAACAAGAUAGAUGUCAUCAAACCAGAAGACCUGUCGCCCAGCAAAAAGGCACUUAUCGAAGAGCUAGAAGCCAAGUGUACUAAAGGGAAUCUUGUCAAUGCAGAUACAAAUUCGGAACUGAAAACCGUUCCCAUAAUGCGAAUGUCAACCAUCACAGAGGAAGGCGUGCAAGAAGUCAAGAUAGAGGCGUGUGAAAGACUCCUUGGUCAUAGAGUCGCUGAGAAGAUGAGAACUAAGAAGGUGGAUGGUAUAUUAAACCGCUUGCACGUGGCAAUACCGACGCCUCGCGACGGUAAAGUACGAGCUCCGGUCAUACCACCCUCUGUACAACUCAAACUCCAACAGAAGGAAGCAAAGGAGUCGAGGAAAAGGAAGCUGGAGAGGGAAAUCGAAAUUGAAAUGGGCGAUGAUUAUGUACUUGAUUUACAAAAGAACUACACAGAGAUCGCUGAAGACGAACGCCACGACCCUAUACCGGAGUUCUGGGAGGGACACAAUAUUGCCGAUUAUAUUGAUCCUGAAAUAUUUGAUAAACUGGCCGAACUAGAGAAGGAAGAGGAGUUGAGAGAACAGGGAGGAAUGUAUGCGGUGCCCAAGAUAGAGUUAGACGAGACUAUGAAGGAGAUACGAGAGCUUGCCAGACAAAUACGUAACAAGAAGGCGGUUCUCAAGGACGAAUCCCGUCUAGUGAAACAGUCCACCAAGCCGGUGAUGCCUCGUACGAGCCGCGCGAGGGACCGCGACCGUUCUACAACCAAAUUACGAGACGAAAUGGAGAAAUUGGGCGUGGACAUGUCGGAGACGAAGAAAGCCCACUUUACACGCACUCGCUCGCGCUCCCGCUCCCAGUCCGCGCCGGUGGCGAAGCGCGCGCGUGUGGAGUCUCGCACACGCUCGGUCAGCCGCCCAGCGCGGGACGAACAGGGCGUGAAGGAUGUUGCUAUGCAAAGAAAGGCAAAGAACCUCGCUCAUUUGGCCAUCUCCAAGAAGACAAAGAAAAUGGGUCUCAAGGGAGAGGCGGAUCGUUUCAUCGGAACAAAACGUCCCAAACAUCUGUUCUCUGGAAAACGUGGCGUUGGCAAGACGGACAGACGA